AUGCUGCACUAUGCCGGCAUGAUUCGGAGUCGUUGGAAUUACAAGCACUACUACAACAAGAACCAGAAGGCUUUGGAAUUGGACGACAACCAGUUUUGGAUGAUUGCUCAACUGUAUGCUGUCUUGUAUGCUAUGAGAGUUAUCCUUAUGCAGACUCAAACCAAUGGAAAUGGAACUAUUUCUUACGCUCCCUUUUUCAUUUACCGAGUGUUUUCCCACUAUGUUACAGCAGACCAUUACUGGGUGCCAGAAACAAGACGCAGUGAGACUCCGGACAGGGAAGGUAAAUGGGACGGCAAUGCACACUUUCCAAGGCAGAAGUUCGACGGCACACCCACUUGUCCCAGGCCAACUGUUGAGGGAGAGGGGGAAACAUUGCUCUGCUAUGUUCCCGGCGCAAUGAACAGGAUUGGUAUGACGCGGAUCAAGAAAGCAGACCUUGAUGCUAUUCCCAAAAAGUUGAUUGAUCGCCUCGUUGAUAACCUGGGGGAGUACGGGGCCAACAUGGCAAGACACAACAACAAGAGCCGCAUACUGGGUAUGUCCGUCAACCCAUUUGCCACCAAGUUCUUGAUACCAGAGCUACUUGCUCUCUCCAAGGAUGUUGAAGAGGUAGACGGGGAGUUGGGGGGACUUGCGUGCAAUGUUGAUACUCUCGCCAAGCGAUACUUGAAAGAUGCGAUCAAGGACGUCUGCAGCGAGCUUCUAAAGAGACCACAGCAACGUGCUGCUGAGGAGAGGGCAGUAACGUUCAAUGCUGACGAUCCAUUGCUCACCAAGGCAGAGAAAAGGAGGCGUCUGCAGAUGAGUGCGGAGCCUGAACAGGAAGCCCCACAAGAAGAAGGGGUUGAUCGGGUGGCUGCCACCAUUGACGCGUGGUUCGAUCAAGACUUCAAGCUGGUGGCAAUCUUGACAAAACAGAAGAGACACGUCCCGCUCCCAAUUAUCAGCACGAUUGGCACGAACAAGAUAGAAUGGGUGGAGAAUGUGGAGCUGGUGGCCAAGCAUUUUGACUUGUUGGAGUGGUGGGAGACACAUGGGAAGAGUGCUUUCCCUCUUAUCUAUCCCGUGGCAAUCUGUAUUCUUGCCGUCCCAGAGAGCAAUGGGCACCAAGAGCGGACUUUCAGUGCCGCUACAUGGAUGGAUGGGAUUCUCAAGCAGCUCCAGCAUGACAUUACUUUCCAAAUGAAGGUCCUGACCUACAAGAAUUCCAAGUUCAUGGAUGAACACCGCUUCCACUUGCGGAAGGAUCAGCUGGAUAAAGCCAAACGUCGGACUACAGACCUGUUGGAGAGAAUUGCUAAGAAGAAACCCGAAGAAGAGAUUUCCCCAGCCUUUCAGGAUAUGCUGGAGUUGGGAGUGUUGGAGGCCAUGAAGGCGUUGGAGGAGGCCCGCCAGGAUGAUUAGGCAGCCAGCUUGGGCAGGUC